GACCAAGACCCAGACCGAAACCAGAAAGUGGCAGGCGAGGGUUUGUUUACAUGUGAGUGCUUCUUGAUUCCCGGCCUGAAGCAUUUGUCUGCCCCUCCCUGAAUGGUGACCUGAUCUUAUCUUAAACGGGAACUGAUUAACGUGCUGCGUGACUGUUUUUGGUCGUCUGUGACAUAGCCUGACGUGUCUCGUGCCAUUGGGCUGCGGCUGCUGCUCUGAGGCUUAGACAGACCCAUCACAGCCCAGCAUGAGUGCAGCCAACAUGACAGCCGGAGACAACUCCUCUAAGGCCAUGGGAGAGAAGGCCUCGCAGGUGAACCCUAUGGAGCAAUACCUGAUCCUCGCCAAGCAGGCCAAGGGGGCGGCGGCAGUGCAGCUGGUGAAGCAGGUCCUGGAGGCGCCUGAGGUGUAUGUGUUCGGCGAGCUGCUGGACAUGCCAAACAUUACCAGUUUGAAGAGCACCCCACAGCAGGCGCCGUACUACGAGCUGCUGCAGUUGUUUGCGUAUGGCGUGUAUGGUGACUAUGUGCGGGAGUCUGCCAAGUUCCCGACACUGACUCCCACCAUGCUGACCAAGCUGCGGCACCUCACCAUCGUCUCGAUGGCCACGGGUCAGAAGAGCAUCCCCUUGGCCACCCUUGGCACACAGCUGGGCCUCACCUCCACCAGGGAACUUGAAGAUCUCAUCAUAGAGGCCAUGUACACAGACAUCAUCCAUGGCAAACUGGAUCAGAAGAAUGGUAUCCUGGAGCUGGACCAUGCCAUUGGCCGGGACAUCAAACCAGAGGACCUACCUAACAUUGUGGCCACCCUGCAGUCGUGGUGUGAUACCUGUGACACAAUGCUCUCCAACAUCGACCAGCUCAUCACCCGCGCCAACACUGACAAGGAGCGGCACCUCAAACACCGCAACUCCCUGGAGACUGAGGUGCUGAACAUCAAAGCUUCUCUCAAGACACAGGCGCAAGAGGGGGAUGAGGCUCUGGUUUCUGACUCCCGAGAUCACGACAAGAAGCGUCCUGUUAAGAAGGGCAUCCGAGCCCCCACAACUAAGUUCUGGCCAAAGAGUUCCUAGUGGGGGCUCCUUCCUAGCACCUUGCACUCCUCCCAACACCCCUCUAGCCUUGCCUCACCAUCUCCCCCUUCCAUGCCUUUGUGUAUUUAUAUGAUUAGUGUGUUAGUUGAUGUAUUCUUUUAUCUUUUUUUAUUAAUUUUUCUUCCCCAUUCAUGAACAUAGCAGGAAGAAAGGAUUAACUGAAGGAUUAUAUAGUUAUUACAUGUUUCUAUUUGUAUUUACCUAAGAAGAUAAGUGAUAGGAGUUAUGUCAUAUGAGGCCAUUUAUAUGUGGAAAUUUAAAUGAUCUGGGCUAUCCUUUAUGUGAUUGUCAGUCUGGUAUAUAAAGAAAUAGAUUUAUUUGUCUGUACACCAAAUUGAAUGAAUAUACAAUUAGGGCAGCAUCACAAAACUGGAUAUCUCAUUUUCUUGGGGGAUUCAUUAGAAAAAGUUACAAAAUUUGUGGACUCAGCCUUGAAAAGUUUAUGCAUAUGCCUCUUCCUGUUCUUGCUCCAUGUGUAAAGUAUUGUUAGACUCACAUUAAAGUUUACCUACAGUG